UUAACCAAAAUCUGCCUUGCUCACAUUUAAGGCUGCCCUGAAAUGACAAAUGAGUGGGAUGAGUGGCUUACCGCCAGCCUUAUGGACCUCAGCAUCAACGAUGAAACGUUUUCAGAAUAUAUAACACAACUCUGUUCAGAGGAGACCAUGGAGGAUGGCGAACGGCGGGAGGUGAUUGUAGAGUUUUUGUCGGAGGCAACCGACCAACCGGUAGAGCAGCUUGUAGACGAGAUGUUGCGGCGCAAUGCAGAGUGGCGAGAAAAAGCAAGGCGACAGGAAGAAGAGAUGAAACAAAAGGCACUGGAGGCGGUAAAACUACAAGAGCGGGAAGCGCUUCAAGCGACCAUAUCGCAGCAAGAAAUCAAACCUGCCAAAAAACAAUUGAGCAAGGAAGAGAAACAAGCUCGGGAGCGUCUAUUAGCACAGUAUGGAUACGAUCUAGACGAAGUGGUGGAGACAGCGGACGGCGAGGUGGAGUUCAUUUAUAAAGGCAAGAAGGAUGAUAAGAAGAGUUCAUCCGACGAAGUAUUGCUACCAAAGAACCGUAAUGCCGAAAUCGUGAAGCAAGCGGAGCAGGCAAAGAGAUUACAAGCGCAGGCAGAGCAUCAGAAGCAGGUUCAAAGAAAUAAGGAGCUUCAAGAAAAGCAGCGCCUGGAAAAGGAGAAGGAAAAGCGACGAACAAUGAAGAAGGAAAAGCGUCGCAUGUAAAUAUAACAAAAACCUAUUAUAGUUUAGAUGUAAUAUAAUUAAGCAUGUAUUUGAAUAUCCAUAUGCGCCUACUACCAUGGCACUGCAUCAAAA